AUGGAGGGUUACAACGCAGUGAUAUUCGCCUGCGGGCAAACUGCCAGUGGAAAGACAUUUACCCUUGUGCGUUUUCACUCGGGAAAUGAAGAUCAGCCCGGUAUCAUUCCUCGUGCUAUGAAGGACGUCUUUGCUCACAUCCGUCGCACGUCCACACGUGAAUAUCUCCGCUGCUCCUACCUCGAGAUAUACAACGAAACCAUUUAUGAUCUGCUCGCGCCACCUUCCGCGGCUGCAACACAGCCCGUACAACUAAUUGGACAGGGCAUAUUGUCUCCGCUAAGAGAAGAGGUAGUCACCAGCUUGAAGAGCGUACGGGAGGUGAUGGAGAGAGGUAAGAGACAUCGAAGAAUCGCCAGUACGGACUGGAACGAAAGAAGUAGCAGAAGUCACAGCGUGUUCAGGCUUGUGAUUGAGAACAGGGAAAGA